AUGUCCGGCACCAAUAACAAUAUGACGGAGAAAAAUAAUUGUGAUGGUAAAAGGCCAGAGGGAAAAGUGUUGAACUUCGAUCAUCUUGUGUUCAGAGUGUCAAAUGCUAAAACGACUUCAAGUUAUUUCACGACAAGGUUUGGCUUCAAGCCUUUGGCUGUGAGGGAGGCAACUGACGCAAGACCCGUGCUAUCUAUUGCUGUUCAACUUAAUCAGAUAACCAUAGUAUUCGAGUCACCCACGAAUAGUGACAAUGAGAUAAACAGAGACUUGUGCGCUCACGGGGACUUUGUAAAAGACGUAGCAUUCGCAGUUCAAGAUCUGGACGAGUUGGUGCGAAGGGCAAAAGAGGGAGGAGCUGAAAUCAUUAAAGAGAUUACGGAGGAGAAAGACGAGUACGGCCGUGUGAGAUACGCGGUGGUUAAAACAUAUGGAGACAACACACACACUUUGAUAGAUCGUAGUAAUUACAAAGGAGUACUGUUACCGGGGUAUGAACCAGUGGCUGAUGAUGUUCUGAACCAUAGUUUGCCUGAAACGAAACUUAUGUUCAUUGAUCAUGUGGAAGGGAAUAUGGCUGACGGAACCCUUGAAGACUCCGUGUCUUGGUAUGAGAAGAAUCUCAAUAUGCAAAGAUUCUGGUGCGUUGACUACAAACAUGAUCUGGUUCCAUAUUCUUGUAUCAACUCCGCAUCUGUUAUUAACAAAGAUGAAAAUGUCCUCUUGUCUAUGAACGAGGCUGCAAAAGGUUUACGCCCUACAAGUAAAGCAUCCGAGUUUGUGAAGGCUUUGGGAAGUUCCGGGGUGGAACAUGUGGCCUUAUACACUGAUGAUAUAGUCUCCACUAUGAAGAGUCUAAAAGCUCGCGGUGCUGAAAUUCUAACAUGGCCGCCGACUUAUUACGAUUUGAUCAGGGAGAAACUAGAAGGAAGCUCACUCAAAGUCGCCGAGAGCAUAGAAGCUUUGCAGGAACAGAAUAUUCUGAUCGACUUUGAUGAACGUGGCUACAUGCUGCAGGCUUUCACGAAACACGUGCAAGCCAGGCCGACUGUGUUCAUUGAGGUUUUACAGAGAAGAAAUCACAGGGGAUUUGGUGCAAUGAACUACAGGUGGGUAUUUGAGGCAAUUGAGCGUCUGGAUGGAGAUAAAGUAAAACAGCAAGAAAAAGAGGAAGAGAAGAAGAAAUGA